UUUCGAUUGUGGUGCUGUAAAGUUAAGCCAGGAUGAGUAUAGAGAAAUUAGUAGUGGAUUUUGUAAAAAAGAUGGAUUUGUAAAGAUUUUUGGGUGGAUUAAGAGAUAACUGUAGUUGGGAUUCGAGAGGGAUAUCGACGAAUUUGGGAAGCUCAUAUAAGAUAUAGAAAUCAUAUUCUCUGAUGGGUGCAUAUUCGCUUUUUGGGACACAUAUACUCUCACGAGACUUAUAUAGUAAUUUUGGGACGCUUAAAAGCUCAUGGGAGCGCAUGUCCUAAACUAGAGCCAAAAUAUUUUGUCAAAAUUUAUUUUCACUUAAUUAGCAAUUCACCUGAGAAUCGAACUUUGAAAGGAAAAUUGGCUAGAGCUAUGGCUUUAAUUCAAAGUUCAAAAAUUCAUUUUGACAAAGAUUCGUCGUUUGAAGAGAAUUCUCAAUUGCGAAAUUUAAAAAACAAUUUAGGUGUGUUUGUAGUAAAAUAUUCAAAAAUAAUUUGGUUUAUUUUAGGAAGUUCUGUAUUUUCUUCAGUUUGUGGAGGGAGUGAAUUUGGUGAUUUGGAAGAUGUACUUUUGGAGGAAGAAGGGAAGGAGGUGGAAAAUGAAGGGAAUGUUUCAACAUCACAACCAAAAUUAGAAGAUGGAGGAGGGGGAGAAUGUGCUAGUAGAGAAACUAUUACUUCAUUAUUAGCUGCUAUAGAAAAGGAACAACAAUUUGAUGGGGCUAAUUCUGAUACAAUUGAAGGCUCUUCUUGUGGAACAGAGGAAAUAACAAUGACAUCAAAAAAUGAAGGAAUUGAAAUUCAAAAUGAGUCAGAAAUUUCUCGAGUUAAAAAGUGUUAUAGGAGUCAUGACGUGUCAACAAAACUCGAAGCAAUUGAUUGGGCAAAGAAAAAUUCCAUUCAUUCAGCCUCAAGAAAAUUUGAUGUUGAUCGAAAAAUAAUCAGAAAUUGGAUGAACAGUGAAAAGGAACUUGAACAACUUGAGCAACAGAACAACCUAACAGGUGGACAAAAUCGUAAGAGACUGGCAGGAGGCGGUCGUAAAGUUUCUCAUCCGGGCAUAGAAAAGGAGUUGUCAGAUUGGUUGAAUGAAAUGACUGAAAGGAAUAUGAUUGACUUUAAUCCUUAA